GUACCUACCCAUAAAAUAGGAUACUAAUUUAGUUAAUAGGUUUAUGUUUCAACGUUACAGUUUUCAAGUCUUUAUCAAGCAUGCGCUGAACUUCAAAAUAACAUACUUUCUUAUCAUAAACUGACUUAAAAAUAUAGAAAUGUAGCAACAGAUUGGAGAAUUCGUUGUACGUGAAUCGUAGAUGGAAUUAGAAAUAUAAAUAAUAUAAUUGAUUCGCCAAUCUAGAAUAUUAUAGUUUAUUAUGUUUUUAACGAAUUCAGUAUCUACAAUUAACCGUCUCUAUCCCUUGAUUACUGAUCAAUUGAGAUGUUCAUGUGUAAAAAAUUUAUCACAAUUAACCGAAAAACAAGCCCAACUCAUGAGGAAAAAGUUGCCUCAAAAACGUCCAAUUAAAGGUGUGAAACACAUAAUAUUGGUCGCAUCCGGUAAAGGAGGUGUUGGAAAAUCAACGACUGCCGUAAACCUAGCAACAGCUUUAAAGUGUGUUGCGCCUAACAAAGAUGUGGGAUUAUUGGAUGCUGAUGUAUUCGGUCCUUCUAUACCAUUAAUGAUGAAUUUACAUGAAACCCCUUUAAUAGAUAAUGAUAACCUUAUGGUACCUCUCAUUAACUAUGGGGUUAAGUGCAUGUCAAUGGGUAACUUGAUAACUGAUCAAUCAGCGGCCAUCUGGAGAGGACUUAUGGUUAUGGGAGCCAUUGAUAAAUUAAUAAGAGGUGUUUGCUGGGACCAUACAGAUUACCUAAUAAUAGAUACACCUCCAGGAACAGGAGAUACACACUUGUCACUUGCUCAAAAUCUUCCAAUAAGCGGUGUUGUAAUUGUUACUACUGGUCAAAAAGCUGCUCUUGGAGUGACAAGGAGAGGUAUAACAAUGUUUAAAAAGUUAAACAUUCCUAUAUUAGGAAUAGUACAAAAUAUGAGUACCUUAAAAUGUUUGAAAUGUUCUCAUGAAAAUUAUAUUUUUGGAGAUAGUGUUCAAGAAUUAGCUACGCAAGAAAAAAUAGAUACAUUGUUUUCUAUACCUUUGGAUCCUGUUAUAACUAAUGGUUGUGAUUCUGGGCAGCCCAUUGUCAUCACUCAUCCGGAAUCCUCACAAGUUAAAACUUACAAGAAUUUAGCAGAAUAUUUAAUAAAUGUAUUGGAUAAUGUCAACAGUAAGUGAUUGAUAUCUUAGUAACAUUUCUAAUAACAUCUGAUGAACAUCGAUAUUAAUUUAUUCUGAUCAAAUUAUUGUUUAAGUAAAUAAAUAAUAAAUACGUAAAAUAUUUAGUUAACUAGAUCCUAGUUUUAUGUAUUAUUUAAUAAUGUUUAAAUGAUUCAAGAAAUUUUAAGUAAAUAAAGAAUGUGUAAAGCUAUCGGUGCUUAAUUUAUUUUAUUCUUAGCGUAGAAGAUACCUACAGUGUAAAAUCUAUAUUAUUAUUCUUUAAGGUUUGGUGUAUCAGGAUAUCACUGUAUGUGAAGAAUACUCAAUUUAUAAAAUAAUCAUCCUAAAUUCAAUUUUGGAGUAUAAAAAUAAAAAAUAUAUGUUGUCCUUCAAAAAAAUAAAAAAUAUAAUUAUAAUUUUUUAGGUAAUACACAAGUGUGUUCUUGAAAAUUAGUUUUAACCACAGUUAUCUACCAAAGGCGUAGCGUGAUGAUUUUAUAUGGGAGGACUAUAGCCUUUUUUCCUUGUUUCCCUAGGGGGCUUAACAGAAUUCUGAGGGGAAGCCCCUUUAGCCCUUCCCAUCCUCCGCCUAUAGACUACCUACCUAAAUAAUGUCAUAUUAAAAAAAAAAAAGAUUUGACAUAUUAUCAUUUAUAAUACAUUUAUAGCGGUAAUGUACUAAUACACUAAUAAUGACCUACCUCUUCAUAAUAUUGUUAUAUUCAUACUGAUAAAAUGUCCUAUUUUCUUUCUAUCAAUAUCCACCCAUAUUUAAAAUGUUGGCUGAGUGGCUAAGGAAAACUUGGACCCUAUGUUAUACCUAUACACCAUUGUAAGUAUAUCUAUAUUUAUUUAUACUGAUGGUAGUAUAAAAUAAUAUGUAUCAUAUACAUUAUAUAUAUUAUAUAGAUGUAAUUUCUGAUCUCAUCUUAACUUAAUAUGCUGUAGCCAGUGGCGUGGUGAAUGGAGUCCUAGGAUUCCUAAGCAUCACGGUAGAUCCUUUGAUGGGGGAUGGUGGUUGGAUACAUUAUAGCAUUGGUUAUAAAUAGUAUAGAUGGCAUUUUGACUGCUGUACAAAAUACGCUGUGCUGUAUUUACUAGCGAUCCUGGUACUGCAUGCUAGAACUGACUAGGCUGUUACUUUAUAAGAUACUAGAUUUAUAAUCGGUGAUUAUAGUAAGCAAUAACAUAAAACAAAAAUCAAAAUAUUUAUUGUAUCAUAUUUGUUAUAUAUAGCAUAUAUUAUAUUAAGGGGAUUAAGAGUGGGUAGGUACUAAAAUAUAUGCUGUGCAUAAUGCUUUUUAAAUGUACACUACGCCACUAGCUGGGACUACUCAAUGAGUUAAGUCAAACAAGAUAGUUUCCAUUGUAAUAGUUUAUGACUGUACGUCUAAACAUUUUUUUUAUCAAAAAUACUCAGUUAAAAAAAAUCAUAAAAUAAGUUUAAGUUUCUGAAAACUUGUGUUUACCCCACAUAACCAAAAAUGUUUAACUAUGUAAAUAUGAUUAAGAAAUUAUUAUGUACCUCAAUAUCUUCUACUAGCUUAGAGGUGAUCAAAAUUUGUUAAACUACUUUUAAUUUAUCUUAAGCAGACAAAUCAUAUUAAUCGUAUGUCAUUGUAUCUAAUAAUGAUAUAUCUAAUUCAUAAAAACAACCAAACAUCAUUAAGUAGUUUGAGUUGUCAAUUCUUGACAUUUUUUUAAACUAAGAGAGGAAAUAAAAUGAAAAAAAAACACUUUUUAUUAUUUGGCGAGACUUUAAUGUGAAAAAUAAAUUAGGUAAAACAUAAUUGCAUUAAUAAAACUCACAAGCAUAAGCAAUUUAAUAAAUAUAAAUAUAAUUAUCUCUUUCUAUUCUUAAGUAAUAAAAUAAAUAAAUAAUAAAAUUAAAAAAAAAACAUAUGUUAGUAGUAGGUAGAUUCAUUGAUGAUAAACAUAAAAAUACAUCAAAUAAAAAUUCACUCUCAAUUAAAAUUUAGACACUUAAAAAUAAAAAUAGAAUAUUUUAUUGACAUAACAUUUCAAAUGCAAAUUAUUAAUAAAUUGCUCACAUGAUUUAGUCUUAAGCUAAAUAGUUAAGUAUUC